AUGGAAACCGAAAGUGAAGGCCACCUCCCCUUCCUAGACAUAGAUAUUUACAGAAGACCCGACGGCUCCCUGGGCCAUAGAGUAUACCGCAAACCCACACACACAAACCUCUAUCUCAAUGCCAAGUCCCAUCAUCACCCUUCCAGUAAACAGGCAGCUCUGUCCACACUGGUACAUAGGGCCAGAGCUCUGUGCGAUCAAGAUAGUCUACGUGUGGAUUUGGAGUUCAGACGCAAUGACUAUAACGACCGGCAGAUCGACAGGGCCCUCAACCGCCAUCCCAACAACAAUAAACCUGGUGACCGCAUAGAAACUGUCGCCUUCUUGCCAUUAGUCGGGACUAUAUUCAACAAGAUCAGCAGAGUGCUGUCCCGACACAACAACGAAUCAGUUGGCCUGCCCCCAAACAAAAUAUCUAAUUUCCUCCGGCCUGUCAAGGAUCACCUGGGACUGAGGACACCGGGAAUUUACAGAUUUCGAUGA